AUGCUGCUUACUUUGGCUGUGGGUCUCGUCUGCGUGGCUGGUCUCAACGCCGAAAAACUGAAGGAAGUGGAAGUGGAGAUUCUCGGCGUACCUUGCAGGAAGUUUGUGCAGAAGGGUGAUUAUGUGCACGUCUUCUACGUGGGCAGGCUGUACGAGAGUAAGAAGCAGUUUGAUUCGAAUGUGGGUGGCGAACCAAUUCGGAUAACCGUGGGAGGUGGUCAGGUCAUUGCCGGAUGGGAGGAGGGUCUCGUUGGUACGUGUGAAGGUGAACGUCGCCGCCUCCGCAUUCCCAGUUCAAUGGGCUACGGUGCAAGGGGCUACGGUGACCUCAUUCCACCCGACUCCGACCUGGAAUUCGACAUCGAAGUGGUUCGUAUCGACAAGAGGAAGGAGGAGUUUUGA